AUAUGGUUUAACAUAACUGGCAUUCCAUGUACGAACACCGAGCUAUUCGCACAUGAUACGCAAGCACUUGGAUAUUCGUUACGUUUUUAAUAAUAAGGCAACAUCUGUGCUAGACCGCGCGGAGAAAUUAUGAAAAACGUUUAAAAGAAAUUACCGUGCUUCCAAAAAGGAAAUAAGCAGCUAAGAAACUAUAUCUUUGUUACUUACUACACGAUGUUCAAGUGAAAUUCUGACGGACACAACAAGAGAUAGUUUAUGUGAAAUUUUGAGUGAUAAACAUUUUAAAAUAGAACGCUGCGCCGUUAAAAAAGGUUUGAAAAUGUCAAAAGCUAUCGCAGUAGUACAGGGCCUGGGGAAGAAAACGAGUAAAGUGGAAAAUCAGGACACAAGGACCGUGCAAAUAAACCUGCCACCACCAAAACCAGUGGACAUAGAGUUCAAUGAUAUCAGCCUCAAAGUGUCCGAGGGCUGUACAUUCAGAAGAAACAAAACAAUACUAAAAGGAAUAUCGGGGCUGUUCAAAUCCGGUGAGCUGACAGCCAUAAUGGGUCCAUCCGGAGCCGGGAAGUCUUCACUCAUGAACGCUCUCACUGGUUUCUCGACAAAAGGCGUAACGGGAAGGAUUCGCGCCGGAGACUGUCUCUGCGAGCUACGCAUGUGGAUGAAUUCACCUCUCGUCUCUCGGAAUUUAGGCUCUCUAAAGGAGUACCGGAAGAAAUCCUGCUACAUACUCCAGGACGACCGGUUGAACCCUCUCUUCACGGUCAACGAACUAAUGACUUUCGCGGCAGACAUGAAACUUGGAAAUACUCUGAACGAUAAAACAAAACUUGGAGUUAUAAAUGACAUUCUAAAUUCGUUAGGGCUGGCCGGAACAAGAGAGACGAGAUGCGGGAAUCUGUCUGGGGGGCAGAAGAAACGUCUUUCGAUAGCGGUGGAAUUGAUUGACAACCCGCCGGUCGUGUUCCUCGACGAGCCGACAACAGGUUUGGAUAGCCUCACGUCGACACAGUGCAUGAAGCUUCUGAAGAAACUCGCCCGUGAAGGACGAACUAUAGUCUGCACAAUACAUCAGCCCACCGCUUCUAUCUACUCUAUGUUUGAUCAGGUCUACAUUUUGGCGGAAGGAAUGUGUAUUUACCAAGGGCCCAGCGAAGAUACGGUACGCUAUCUCGCCACUGUUGACCUGCAUUGUCCCAAGUACCACAAUCCGGCCGAUUAUGUUCUAGAAAUCGCCACUGGAGAAUAUGGUAACUUGAACGAGAUGCUUGCGUCGAGGCAGCCGUGGCGAGGAGAGGCCACGAGGACUCCGACUGUCACCUCUUCACCAAUAUCCGAGUUCUCGUGCGAUCGAAUAUCCAUUCUAGUUAAUCCUCCCCAUGAAUUAUACAAGUUCGGAGUACUCUUCAAGAGAUGCAUAAAACAACAGUACAGAGAUUGGACGACAACACAUUUGAAAGUGAUGUUACACAUCGUAGUUGGAGUGCUUCUCGGUCUUCUGUUCGAGAAUGCUGGUAAUGACGCUUCGAAAACUCUCAGUAACCUCGGCUACCUUCUUGUGUCUUCCGUCUACCUUAGCUACACGUCUUUAAUGCCAGCUAUACUCAAAUUUCCAUCUGAAUUACCGGUCGUGAAGAAGGAGACUUUCAACAACUGGUAUUACUUACGCACAUACUACGCUGCGGUACUCGUUACUGGGAUCCCAAUGCAGAUUUGGUACAGCUUCGUGUAUUCGACGCCCUCAUACAUUCUCUCUGGACAACCGCUGGAAUUAACUAGAUUCUGUAUGUUUGUAUUGGUGCUCGCUACCGUGACGCUACUCGCUGAUGCCCUUGGUAAUGUCAUUGGCAGCACCGUUAACCCUGUUAAUGGGACGUUCCUGGGUGCUAUAAUGAUUUGCACCAUGAUAGUGUUCGCUGGGUUCCUCAUUCUGUUCUCCCACAUGAGCUCUUGGAUGAAAGCGGUCUCCCAGGCCUCGUUUCUGAGAUACAGCCUCGAAGCUCUGGUACUAUCUUUGUAUGGGUACGAUCGGUCGCCUAUGAAGUGCCCUGAGACGGCACUCUAUUGUCCAUUGAGGUACUCAAUGCAAGUCCUCACCGAGUUCAGCAUGAAACAGAACAGGUACUGGAUCGACGUUGGUAUUUUGUUCGGUGUUAUAUUUGCUGUGAGGAUUUUAGCAUAUUAUUCAUUGAAAAGGGCGGUCAAAUUAUCUACGUAGGUUCUUUUUAGCAUUUGCAGAGUUAAAUUGCGAAAUGUUUUUCUUUUAAAUUUCGGUGGUGAGGUCAAAAUGCUCUUCUGAUAUAAAGUCGACAUUCUCAGGCACAAUGAAACUGUUCAGGCGUUGGAUUUAUAGGAAUUUUUUUUUCGCGUGAACAAUGAAGUUACCAUAUCUAGUUGUUUAGGUAUGAUAUUAUGUUUAUUGAUUUUUAGAAAAUAAAAUUCGGAGACUGUAUUAUUAAUUUGUUAAGUAAGUUAAGUGUGAAUUGAAUUAAGACGGUAUAUUGACAGUUAAUAUUGACAGUUAAUAUUGACAGUUAUAUUGACAUGUCAAUUGAAUUGAAUUAAGGCGGUACUUAAUAUUGACAGCUCUUUAUGUAUUAAAUUCUUGCCAAUCUGUCAGAUGAAUAGUCAUAAUUGCCAACGUGGGACAACACAAUUUUUUUUUUUAAUAAAUA